UCCACCAUUUAGGAGCUUCGUUCUCCAUCAAUCCAAAUUUUGAACACAAAGAUCGGAUGAAUUAGCCCCGUUAGAUCAAAUGUUUUCGUUGCGAGGAGGAUGAGGAUUUGGCGAGUAUGACUGGAGAGAGUAGCAUCUAUUCAGCGAAUCAGCAAACUUAGUGCCGCUUUCAUACAAGUGGCAGUGUUGGCAUUUGCAAGAGGAAGAAGAAUUUGAUGGUUUGGGCUAUACAACCCGAGCUCCAGCCUCUUUUCCGGUCGGCUUGAUUAAAUUUUAAAAACAGCCCUAGCAACGGAUGCCGGGCAUACCUCUCGUGGCUCGUGAAACUGCGAAUUGUUUUUGCAAUUGCAGUUACUCCCGAGGUGUGGACCAUAUGUGUCGACAAGAUCCCCGUGCGCAUUUGUCUCCAGAAGAGCAAAUUGCAGCUGAAGAAAGCCUCUCAAUUUACUGCAAGCCAGUUGAGCUGUACAACAUUCUUCAGUGCCGUGCUGCUAGAAACCCAUCCUUUCUUCAGAGAUGUUUACGGUACAAAAUACAAGCAAAACACAAGAAAAGGAUUGAAAUGACAAUAUCACUACCAUCAACUGUAAAUGAUGAAUCUCAAAUUCAAAAUCUAUUACCUUUGUGUAUAAUGUUGGCUAGACCCGUUUAUAGUCCUGCAGUUGUAGAGGAUUCUGCAGUUUACCGAUUUAGUCGAGAAUGUAUAUUGACUAAAUGUACUGGAGAUGAUGCAAUGUACCAGGAUGAAGCAAAAUUUAUUCUUCCCGAGAUUAAUAAACUAUCAGCAGAAGUCAAAUCGGGCUCUAUUACAAUUUUUUUUGUUAGUUGUGCUAAUGUUGGAGGUCACUGCUUCAUGGGUAAGAUUCCAAUGGAUUUGCUUCAGUUGUCAUGGGGAAAGUCUAUGAACUUGGACAGUGGGGAGAGAGCUGAGAUGCUGUUGCCUGUUGACUUGCAUUCCUGUUUCCUGAAGACUGGCUGUUUCGGAGAAGAUAAAUGCUUCUCAUUUCAUAGUACCCAUGCUGGAGCUAUGGCUUUGUCUCAACAACUGCAAGUCUGUGUUGCAGCAGAAGAAGUUGGGCUUAAAGAGAGAUCUCCUUAUGAUUCAUUCUCAUACAAUGAUGUUCCUUCCUCUACUUUGCCUCAGAUUAUCAGGUUGAGGACUGGAAAUGUUGUUUUCAACUACAGAUACUAUAAUAACAAGUUGCAGAGGACUGAAGUAACAGAGGACUUUGCAUGCCCUUUAUGUUUGGUCAAAUGUGCAAGCUUUAAGGGUCUCAAGUAUCAUCUGCCUGCCUGCCAUGACCUUUUCAACUUUGAAUUUUGGGUAACAGAGGAAUUUCAAGCUGUCAAUAUAUCUGUAAAGACUGAUACAUGGAGAUCUGAGACUGUUGCAGCUGGUGUUGAUCCUAAGGAACAAACGUUUUUCCUUUGUUCAAAGGCACCACGGCGUAGAAAAAUGAAGAGCCCGAGGCAAAAUCUGAAGUUUGUGCAUCCUCUUGUCUUAGAUUCAGAAAUGCCAGGAUCAGUUAUUGAGCUUAGAGAAAAAACUGUUGAAAAGAGUGCUGACUGCAACGCAUCCAGUCCCAGAGCUUCAUCUGCCAAUGCUCAUUCAUAUGCGGACCCUGAAUGUGUCCAGUCAUUACCUGGAAAUAACAUUGCACCUCCAGCAUUACUACAAUUUGCGAAGACAAGGAAAUUAUCAGUUGAACGUUCUGAUCCUAGAAAUCGUGCACUCUUGCCGAAGCAGAAGUUCUUUCACUCUCACAGAGCGCAACCCAUGGCCAUGGCGCAAGUCCUAUCAGACCGUGACAGUGAGGAUGAAGUUGAUGAUGAUGUUGUAGAUCUUGAAGACCGAAGGAUGCUGGAUGACUUUGUGGAUGUCACAAAAGAUGAGAAGCGGUUGAUGCAUCUUUGGAACUCUUUUGUUAGGAAGCAAAGGGUACUGGCGGAUGGUCAUAUUUCUUGGGCGUGCGAGGCUUUCUCCGAAUUGCACAAACAGGACCUUGUUCUGAUACCAGCACUACUUUGGUGCUGGAGAUUAUUUAUGAUCAAACUCUGGAAUCAUGGUCUUCUGGAUGCUCGUACAAUGAACAUUUGUAAUAAAAUCCUUGAGCAACCACAAGGGGCAGACGCAGACACCGACCUAGACACAUGAUAUUCGAAUGAUUCUGACUGUAUUAUCUCUGGCAUAAGUAACUGAGGUUUGAUGACUGUAGCUGCGGCGACUCACCAUUACUCAAACUAAGUGCCUUCCUUGUAUUUGGACAGGAAAAGAUAAUCAAUUUUCAUUUUUUACCA